GCAUAGAGAGAUCCGGCGUCAAGUGAGACGAGACCUCUUGCAGGCUACUUGCUCUAUCCCUGCGUCAAUCACUGCCAUCAAGCAACACACAAAUCGUAGCCAUGCGUGCUCAGACUCUGUCGGGCCCCCUCCUCCUCCUCCUCUUCGGCAGCCUCGCCAGUGCCUGCCCCUUGGCCGCGAGGCAAUCCGCCACGGAAGUAGCCAGCGCUUCCGACCCCGGCCCGACGGAUUCCGGAACGACGGGCGACGGGCCCAAGGCCGACAUGGUCGCUAUCAUCAAAACUGUCUUGCCGACGUCGGACUCGUGCGCGGGCGCCGAGUUCCCGGACGAGUGCAGGACCGCCGAGCAGGCGGCGCCCUACGUCUCCAAGGCGUGCGCCGACCUGAGCGACGGCGAGUGCGCCGCCACCCUUGCCGUGAUGGGCUACGAGAGCGCCGACUUCAAAUACAAGCACAACCUCGGCAACAAUCCGGGUCAGGGCACCGCAAACAUGAUGAGCCCCGAAAACGUCCUUGCCUAUGCCACGGACCUCUUUGGUGCGGACAAGGUCGCCGGCAAGACGCCCAACGAGGUCCUCGCCAUGGUUACGCCCGACGAGACCAACUUUGGCUCGGCGGCCUGGCACCUGAAAACCAAGUGCCCUAGCCUACGGGAUGCUCUCAAGACCGGUACCGACGCCGCCUGGGAGAGCUACAUGAAUGAAUGCAUCAUGGGCGACAAGAAUCCCAAGCGGCUGGAGUACUGGAAUAGGGCUAAAAAUGCGUUCGGUCUUUGAACUUUGCAGGCCAAAGGAAGCUGGUCUUCUUUGCGCUCUGUUUUCUCUCUCUUACCUUUCCCCCGUCUUUUCCUCCUGUCCUUGGGGACGCAGGCUGCGGCAAGUGUUAGAACAAUUUCCCAUCUUAGAUUUUUUUUCACCAUCAUGGUAUUUAUGGGUGUCUCUAUAGACGGGUAGUUGUUGUUACAUUGGUAGCUGGGAUCGUCAUCCCUUGAGAAAUGCAAUGCUUGACAUUUACGGCAGCGGCUGCCCGCU